CGCCGCCACGAGGUGUCCAAUGAGCCGCGCCGACCCGGGCAUCCCGGCCCACCUGGAGCCAGGUAGCAGGAACAACCAGGAUGUUGGAACUGUCGGCUGUGAACUAGUGGUCUCGCUCUGCCUUCCCCCUAACCCCUGGGCCGCCGCCGCCACCACCCCCUGCUCCGGACAGAAUGAGGGCCUGGAAGGCCGUGGCCGUGACCGGGGCCUUCAUGAGCCUGGACGUGAGCGUCACCACCCUGCUGUAUGCCUUCAGCCACCGGGACCGGGGGGUCCUGCAGGACCUGAGGGACUUCAACGUCUUCAACUCGGUUUUGGACUUAUGGGCUGCCUGUCUCUACCGGAGCUGCCUCCUGAUGGGGGCCACCAUCGGGGUGGCCAGGAACAGUGCCUUCGGGCCCCGUCGCCUGAAGGCUUCGUGGACCUUCAUCACCCUGGUGUGCCUGUUUGUGGGCAUCUACGCCAUGGUGAAGCUCCUUCUCUUCUCUGAAGUGCGCAAGCCCAUCCAGGACCCCUGGUUCUGGGGUCUCUUCGUGUGGACCUACGCCUCCCUCGGGGCCACCUUCCUCCUGUGGUGGCUACUGUCCACGGUGCAGCCGGCCCGGGAGGCCUUAGAGCCGGGGGCGGCGGCGGCGGCAGGAGGGCAGGGACCCUGCGGGACCCACUUCCCCGCCGAGGGGCGGGAGAAGCCGGAGGAGGCCUCGGGCGCCACGCUCCAGAAGCUGCUGUCCUACACCAAGCCCGACGCGGCCUUCCUGGUGGUGGCCGCUUUCUUCCUCGUGGUCGCCGCGCUUGGAGAGACAUUCCUCCCGUACUACACUGGCCGGGCUAUCGACGGGAUCGUCAUCCAGCAGAGCAUGGACCAGUUCUCCACGGCGGUGAUCAUCAUGUGCCUCCUCGCCGUCGGCAGCUCAUUUGCCGCAGGUAUUCGGGGUGGCAUUUUUACCCUCGUAUUUGCCAGACUGAACAUCCGACUUCGCAACUGCCUCUUCAAAUCGCUGGUCUCUCAGGAAACAAGCUUCUUUGACGAGAAUCUUACAGGGGACAUCAUCUCCCGCCUGACCUCCGACACCACUAUCGUCAGUGACCUGGUCUCCCAGAACAUCAACAUCUUCCUGCGCAACACGGUGAAGGUGACGGGGGUCGUCGUCUUCAUGUUCAGUCUCUCCUGGCAGCUCUCUCUGGUCACCUUCAUGGGCUUCCCCAUCAUCAUGAUGGUGUCAGACAUCUACGGCAAAUACUACAAGAGACUUUCCAAAGAUGUUCAGAAUGCCCUGGCCAAGGCCAGCAACACGGCCGAGGAGACCAUCAGUGCCCUGAAGACGGUGCGGAGCUUCGCCAAUGAGGAGGAGGAGGCCGAGGUGUACUCACAGAAGCUGCAGCAAGUGUACAAGCUCAACAGGAAGGAAGCGAUGGCCUAUACGUACUAUGUCUGGGGGAGCGGGCUCACUAUGCUGGUGGUGCAGGUCAGCAUCCUGUACUACGGUGGCCACCUGGUCAUCUCCGGCCAAAUGACCAGCGGGAACCUCAUCUCCUUUAUCAUCUACGAGUUUGUCCUGGGAGACUGCAUGGAGUCAGUCGGCUCGGUGUACAGCGGGUUGAUGCAGGGAGUAGGGGCAGCCGAGAAGGUGUUCGAGUUCAUCGACCGGCAGCCGACCAUGGUGCACGAUGGGACCCUGGCCCCCGAGCAUCUGGAGGCCCGCGUGGACUUCAAGAACGUCUCGUUCACUUACCGCACCCGCCCCUCCACGCAGGUCCUGCAGAAUGUGUCCUUCACCCUAAACCCAGGCAAGGUGACGGCUUUGGUGGGCCCCUCGGGCAGCGGGAAGAGCUCCUGUGUCAACAUUCUGGAGAAUUUCUACCCACUGGAGGAAGGGCAGGUGCUACUGGAUGGAAAACCCAUCAGCAGUUACGACCAUAAAUACCUUCAUAGAGUGAUCUCCUUGGUGAGUCAAGAGCCAGUUCUGUUUGCCCGCUCCAUCGCAGACAACAUAUCCUACGGACUGACGUCGGUGUCCUUCGAGGAGGUGGUGGAGGCGGCGCAGAAGGCCAACGCCCACGGAUUCAUCACCGAGCUCCAGGAUGGCUACAACACAGAGACCGGGGAGAAAGGAGCCCAGCUGUCUGGGGGCCAGAAGCAGCGCGUGGCGAUGGCCAGGGCCCUGGUCCGCAAGCCGCCCAUCCUCAUCCUGGACGAAGCCACCAGCGCGCUGGAUGCGGAAAGCGAAUAUGUGAUCCAGCAGGCGAUCCACGGCAACCUGCAGAACCACACGGUGCUGAUCAUCGCCCACCGGCUGAGCACGGUGGAGAAGGCGCACAACAUCGUCGUGCUGGACAAGGGGCGCGUGGUGCAGCAGGGCACGCAUAAGCAGCUGAUGGCGGAGGGGGGCCUCUACGCCAGGCUGGUGCAGCGGCAGAUCCUGGGCCUGGACACCAGCGCGGACCGGGGCGGUCAGCCCGAGACGAACUUCCAUCCCGGCCGCAGGGAGCUGGCCGGUGGGCAGGGCGAGGCGCCCAAGGCGUGACCUGUGGGGCAGUGUCCAUGAUGGACAUCAGGCUGGCAGAAGCCCCCUGCCCAGGAGAGCCUCUCGGAAUGUGCCCCGGCAAGCCCACCCGGGGCCUUGAGGCUAAGUUCGCUUGGUUGCAGAGAUUUGUGCACGUCACUGUAGGAGGGGCCUGUUUACUAGUCCCCCACAUUAAUGCUUCCUGCAGGUCAGUCCCCUGUCCGUCCCCCCCCACCCAACACCUCCAAACUGGGUUCUCUGUCCUCCCAUCUGUCCCUCUCCCUUCCCCCUUCACCCCCUCCCCACCAUUGCAGUUGCCAGAGUCAUGCCGGGGAGGCAGGAUGACUGUUUUCCGUCCUGGGCCAGCUUUCCAGGCCCGUCCGGGGAAUGCGGGAUGGGGGGUGCAAAUCCGUAGCGAUGACCCCCACCCAUCUCCUCCUUCUCCACAUGCCCCCCUCCACCCAGUUGUCCCCAGGCCCCGGGUCAACCUCCUGGGGGUGAACGGUGUUGUUUUGACGCAGAGACCCAGCUGGGUUUCUAGUGCUGAGCCUGCCUGCCUCGCAAGCUUUGUGGUCGGUGUUGGUUUUUUGGUUGAUUUUCUCCGUUGGUAGUCUGGAGCCCACCGGUUGCAGCUAAUGAAAAACAUGGCAAUCAACUAGGAGUCCUGGCCCAGCUUGGGGGUGAAGCACCGUUCCUGGAAAAGAGGUCAGCUAACAUCCUUGACACAUCAACCAGGCCACCCCGUCUUUCCCGCCAGCUCCCUCCACUGCCCUGCCCAGCUUAGCCCGGUGGGCUCAAACCCUGGACUGCUGGAGGCUGAGGAGGUCCCCCAUCUCACGGGGUGAGAUCGUACGAGGGGGACUGGGGAAGACUUCGAAUUCAGUGGGCCUCCCUGCCGGGUGGCCGAGUCAGGGCCAGACUCACUGUGAACCAUGACCAACCUCAACCUGGGAUGGGCAGCUGGCUGGCACCAGGGCCGUGAGGGAGAUGGCGCCCAGCACAAGGCCGACCUGGCAUCCGCCUCCAGCACUUUAGCCGCCCCCCACCCCGGUUCCUUCCUGCUGGCAGCCAACCCUUGCUGCUCUCUGCCACGGGGCGGUUGUGUCGCAGCGUUCUUUCUGUGUUGUGGAGCGGGGGCCGGAGGGUGGCUGGUUGUCGUCAAGCCGUUGAAGGACUUGUCAAAUAAAACACUACCUCUGCAUCUCCGC